AUAAUUACGGAAAGGCGCAGUUGGGCCCCCCAGUCCCCUUCCCGGCCAGAGAAAUCCCCAUUCCCCCUUGAAAUUGGCAUGUGAUUGCGUUCAAGCCAUGGCUCCCUCUUCAUUUUCUCUCUUUUGCAAAGCACCCUACGCCCCACGAUUGCCCCCAUGGUCCGCCACUCAGAGAUGCCACCGGGGAUCGCCGCUGCUAUCCGUGGAGCCGUAAAGGCCCUUGGCGUGCAUGCAUGCGCUUUUCUCUGAGGGCCUCGCCUCAAGUGCCUUGGUGUAUGCCUCUGUAAGGUGAUUUCUGCCUCGGAGGUGGGUUAUUCUGCUGUGUGAACUUGGCCCUGGCUCCCCCGACGAUCCAGAGCGCUAGAUCAGACAGCUCCAGCGGCCCUGACAUUCUCAAGGUCACCCCUUCCAAUCCCCGAGGCCGUGCCAUCAUCUACCUACCUAGUGUAGCUCGAUCUGCUGCGCUGCUAAUGUUUCCCGGAUGGUCCUUUUGUUUUGCUGUCUUGGCUUUUCUUCGUGUCUCUGAUUAUCCUCUGCCUCGCGUUUCUCUGCAACUCGCACCAUCCUGCACGUCGGCUGCAUUCUUGUCGUCAGCGCGCCUCCUCAUCCAUCAUUCCUCCACGUUGGCGAACGAAUCUCCACGCUUCAAGGGUCGAUGGCGUCGUCCUAGCUCCCUCCACCUGUUUUUCCUUAACCCCCUGCGUCGUCUUGACGUACCCUUACCCCCUUCUCUAGUUUCCUUCCUCCCCUCACCAUUACACCACACUACCACUAACAUUGCCAUUGCCCCUCUUCCCAAAAGGCACAGUCCCAAAAAGGCCAAUGCGUUCGCUCGCCCGUCUCAUCCUAAAUAAAAUAGCUUCUUCCAGCUUUUAGGGAGCUCAGAUCCAACCCAGUGCGCCGUCUGGCGUCCCUUGGAAACACUGGCUACAAAGUCAAUUCGUACCAUUUCUUCCUGGGCGUCGUCUGUCUUGCAUCUUUACAGUCCGAUAUCUUAUCGCGCUUGCCACUUCUCACCUGCAUUGCAUAUACAUACUAGCUAUUCCUUAACUACCAAGAAGUCUCCUCACUCUUUUAACUUUUACCCUUCUUUCCCCCUCGUCAUCCACUGCCGGUUCCUUUUCCCCCUUCUCUUCCUCCUCGUCCUCCUCCUCCUCCCCCCCCCCCCCCCCCCCCUUACCACCUCCUCUUCAUACUCUUGUGUCACGGUCUCAAUUGCUCCCAGGACGUCCUGCCCGCCAUGAACACGGCCACGGUGACGAGCCUCGAGAGCUCAGCCGCCACCACCUCCUCGUCUCUUCGUAAUACACACAAUGGUAGCUCGAACCCAAAGGCCGCCGCCGAGUCGACCACCCCCGAAAACCACCGCACCACCGAGGAGCUGAGGAGGGCGGUUCAGCGUAAAUACAGACACGUCGCUGCCGUCCACUCCAAGUCGCGCCCUUCCACUUUAAGCCAUGACUCCAAUACUGCUCCAAGCUUCAUUGGUUUCAGGAACCUAAUGGUAAUCGUACUAAUUGUCGGUAAUCUUCGACUGAUGAUUGAGAACAUCGAAAAAUACGGAGUGUUAAUUUGCGUUCGCUGCCACGAUUUCCGUCGGCAAGACCUUGCAUUGGGCCUGGGCUUAUACCUCCUCAUCCCCUGCCAUCUGUUUGCCGCAUACUUGAUCGAACUAGCCGCCGCUCAGCAAGCGAGGGGCUUGCGGUCCAAGUCAAAGGAUGGAGCCGCCAGCCCAACACACGACCAGCGCGCACGUUUCAACUCCACCUGGAAGAUCAUUGCCUGGAUUCACGCCGUCAAUAUCACGCUUGCUCUGGCAGUGACAUCCUACGUUGUGUACUUUCACAUCCAUCACCCCUUGAUCGGCACCCUGACGGAGCUCCAUGCCAUUAUCGUUUGGCUCAAGACGGCGUCAUACGCCUUCACGAACAGAGACUUGCGACAUGCCUACCUGCACCCUGUCAAGGGCGAGCUCGCCGCCAUGCCCGAGAUCUACCAACAGUGCCCCUAUCCACACAACAUCACGAUGCACAACCUGGCCUACUUCUGGUGGGCGCCGACGCUGGUCUACCAGCCGGCGUAUCCGAGGACGGACAAGAUUAGAUGGGUGUUUGUCGCUAAGCGCAUGGCAGAGGUCUUCGGUCUGAGCGUCUUUAUCUGGUUCGCCAGCGCCCAGUACGCCGCGCCGGUUCUGAUCAACUCCCUCGACACGAUCGCGUCUUUGGAUAUCCCUAAGAUUCUUGAGCGGCUGAUGAAGCUCUCGACCAUCUCACUGGUUAUCUGGCUCGCUGGAUUCUUCGCUCUGUUCCAGUCCUUUCUGAAUGCUCUCGCCGAAGUGACUCGGUUCGGCGACCGGUGCUUCUAUGAGGACUGGUGGAACAGUGAGAGCCUGGGCGCAUACUGGCGCCUGUGGAACAAGCCCGUUUACCAGUACUUCAAGCGUCACGUCUACUCGCCUCUAAUCGGCCGAGGGUGGAGUCCCAAGGCCGCCCAGUUGGCCGUCUUCUUCGCAUCGGCGGUUCUUCAUGAGGUGCUCGUGGGCAUCCCGACUCACAACAUUAUCGGUGUUGCUUUCGCCGGCAUGUUCCUACAGCUUCCUCUGAUCGCCAUCACCACCCCACUCGAGAAGAUGCACACCCCGACAGGUCGCAUGCUCGGCAACUGCAUUUUUUGGGUUUCCUUCACCAUCCUCGGACAGCCGUUUGCCGCCCUGAUGUACUUUUACGCGUGGCAGGCCAAAUACGGCAGCGUGAGCAGGCAAAUAGCGUGGUCAUCUGUCACAAGCUCGUAAUGAGCGUCCUCCGUAGCGGCAUAAUAUUGCCUAGCCUAAUUAUUCAUAUAUCUCACAGUUGCAAUAAAAGUACAAGAAUGGCAGCGUUGUUUCAACACCGCAUACUAUCGCACACUGGUGCGGGCUCCGACAUGCGUGGAGUCA